ACGUGAUGAAUGCGAUCACGUCAGCAUCACUGAAAAGACGGAAAUUCUACCACGCCAAAUUGUGGACUUGCAACCCACGCGCACAGCCUCUGUUCUGGAAAAAGCUAUAUAUAAACCCAUCGAAAUCGAAGAAUCGUCAUUUGCAUCCCCGUCUUGAUUCCAUCACUUCUUCAGGUUUUCCGCGCAUGAAAUGGAUAACUCCAAGAGAAGUCGGGUGCAACGUUUGACCCAGGACCAGGAAAACCAGAUCAUGGUCUCGGCUCUCCUGCAUGUAAUCAACGGCUGUCCCGAUGCUACAUCAUCUUCUAUUCAUCAAAAUGGUGGAACCAGCCCUAUGCUCCCUGAUCACGACAAGUGUCUUUCUGGCAAUAUCAACAACUUUCUGGGUUGCUCCAGUGAGUUCCCGCCAACCCAAGAAUGGCAACCGUGGAUGAGCAAUGCAAAGGAUAAAAAGAGGCGUUACAGGGGAGUGCGGCAUCGGCCGUGGGGCAAAUGGGCGGCGGAAAUUAGGAACCCUCAACGAGCUGCGCGGGUGUGGCUGGGAACGUUCGAUACUGCGGAGGCUGCUGCGAGGGCCUACGACAGAGCAGCCAUUCGAUUCCAUGGAGAUAGAGCAAAAGUGAAUUUCCCAUUAUCAGAGUACAUACAGAAGCAGAGCGCAUAUGAAGAAGAACACAAGCCCCCGAAGUCAACAUUGCCAGACCUCGGUUGCUUGAACCCCACCACCACCACCACCACCAGCACCAGCAGCAGCAGGAAGGCUACUCCAUUCUCCACAGAAGAAGACGAUCAGCAGCAAAUGCAAGUGGAAAAUUCGAAUGAAGCACGUAUGGGUGGUGAUGGGUCAUGGGAAAUUUUUACAGAAGACGAGAUGAGAGAGUUGAUGAUGAUGGAAGAUUAGUAUUAAUAGUAUGUU